CUCCAUCUUCACUCUCCUUUCGUAACCCUCGGCUCUCUAACACACAUUCUACAGUUACACAGAUUGCCAUGGUGAACAUUCAGUCUAGAUCAAAGUUUGUCUGACCUAUCUGUUUGCUUCUUGUUUUUUAUUCCUAAGUCGAUCAGGAACUGUGCUUUCCGAUAUCGACCGUCUUGAAAUUUGCGUGUUGAAGUUUGAACGGCAGGUUAUAUUCAACAUAAAAUCGUCGGUUUUGCUCGACAGGCAAAAGUAAUAUUUGAUAACACUCAAAGUGAGACACGUUGUUAAGAUGUUUUGGUUGAGAGGAACCCGGUUCAACUGCUACAAAGUCCUCACAUCCUUUGUUUUUAUCUUUACUGUCGCCUCGUUCUUCUUGUCUCUGUGGCUCAGAGCUAACUACGGUAUAAUCCAAGUAUCGACGACCCUGACACCGACCCAAUAUGUUCGGCUAGUAAGACGAGGUGUAACGGCUCCCAAACUGCUCUACACUCACCAUAACUUCAGCAUAGAGCAAUCAAACCAGCUCUGCCAUUCUCUCGCCCCGAAGUCGGGGAACAGGAACGACUUUGUGUUCUUAAUGAUUGUUAGUUCGUGGGAGAACUCUAAACGGAGAGACUAUAUUAGGAAGACUUGGGCGACAUAUCACUGGUUCUGGAAGAACCCAACCAUGACGUACAGCUAUAAAUUUGUAAUUUCUCAACCUGAUCCGAACAGAAAUUACACGGUUCACCCUACUGACUUGGACUCUCCGGAUAUAAUCAUGUCAGAUCUCAACGAACAUUAUUAUUUGCUGGACAUCAAAGUUAUGUGGGGUUUUUCUCACGUUCUCCUCAACCACAAGUUUGAUUACAUUUUAAAAUGUGACGAUGACACUUUUGUAAACCUGUGGCGACUGCCUCCUAAACUCCUCGCAAAAGCAAACACGGACUAUUUCUACGGAGGGAAAGUGUUAGAGACCCACAACUGGGCGGGAGAGGGUAUAAAGUACGCUGCAGGCAGUGGCUAUGUGAUGAGUAGGAAAACUUUGUGUGCAGUUGUUCUGGCACAUUCCGUAUAUUCCCUGGAGACUCCCAGGAUACCUAUAGAGGACGCGUACACGGGUCUGCUGAACGCUCGGAUGGGAAUUAAAGUGACCCCCCUGAGUGGGUUUGCCACUGAGCAUGAGAGUUGUAAAGAUUUUACUACUGUUAUUUUCCAUCAUAUUAACAUGAAACUAUUUGGAAAGCUUCUACACGCUGCAGUUAAUGGAACCCAUUUUUGUUAAGAUUUGGGUUUGAUUUCACUAAUUUCCCAUAACUAUAUGUAUGAUAUUUUUCGGUU